AGAGAGAGAGAGAGCGAGAGAGAAAGAGAGAGAGAGAGUUGAGUUCUCGUCCCGGGUUAUGGUCACUGUUCUCUAGACUUCAGUCUACCCGCGUUCGUUCACUGCACAGGCCGGUCUGAGUUUUUAGUUUCUUCGUCGAAGAAAACACGUUCCUCUCUUCUCGAAGUCAACAAACUCGCGCCCAACUACAAAAAUUAUAUUAGCUUUAUUAUUUUUAAUUUAAACCGGCAACAAGCGUUCCUUUGAAAUACAUUCCAUGCCGCUGAGCAUUAAUAGCUCACAUUCAACGUGUACUUGAGAGUGAAAGAUAAGUGUGAAAUUAUCUAGUGAAGUCUUAUAAGUGAAACCAAAAAAAAAUAAAUACCCGCUAUUUUUUCUCCUCUGCAAUAAUUGUGUAAAAAAAAAUUAUAUAAAUAAGAAUUAUUCUAUUUCACCAAAGAAGAACAAUUCUUUGCUAUUUAUUAAACGUAUUAAAUGGAUUAAGUGGACCAAAAGAAAUAAUUGGAGUUCAGGAAAGAAGAAACAAAAAAUUGUUGAAGAAAUAGAAACGGAUAAAUUGGAGCUGUUGACACUUGAGAUGUUUUAUCGCGAUUGUCGGGAGACAGAAGAGAAGAAAACGUGAAACGUUUGGAGAGUUGUGGAGACGAGGAAGUGUAACGGGGUCUCUCUUUCUCUCUCUCCCGCCUUAAUUACAAGACAUCAAAUGCAAGGGAAUUACGGUAUAACUGUCAGUGUAAUGAUAGUGUCACGAGUCUAUAGUAAUGAUAGUACCUUUUCGAGCACAAAUGUCCAUUUUAACAGGAAAAGUGAGUCUAGGCGAGCGAUUGCCUUGAGCAGCUUACUUUAAAUCGAACACAGCCACGGAGGCAUAUAAAACUCUUUUAUGACGCCGCACCUCUUGUCAUGGAUCAAAGUGAUGCCGAGGUUUGGACCAGCCAUGUCUUGUAGGCGGCGACGUGAAUUGAAAUUCACCAUAGACAGAGAAGACGUACGCGAGAAACGCGUCAGAUAGAAUGAGUGGACCUCGACAGAGUGAAGCUCGCAGCUUCAAUGAAAAAUGUCCAAGGCCACCUGUUCCUGGAGGAGAAACGGAAAAGUUUACUGGCGCUUGCAAUCUUCAAAGUCCAGCAUUAACACCAAGGCGUUCAUCUCUCGUCCGUCCAUCGAUAUCGAGCUAUUAUGACGCUUCCGCACCUUUGGGCUUUGAACCAGAGGGUUCUUGUGGCGCAACCAUCAUGGAGAGCGAUCCACGUCUACCCUGUCUUCAAUGGGCAAAAAAUUUGCACAAUCUUCUACACGAUCCCGAGGGUCUUGAACUUUUUCGAAAAUAUUUGGAUCAGGAAGGGAGACCUCACGUGAAUCCCCUCAAUUUUUGGUUCGCUUGCGAAGGCCUCAAAAAACAACGAGAUGCUAAACAAAUAUACGAACUCAUCAAACUCAUUCAUGGAAGGUUUUUCGUUAAGUCACAGCUACAAAUACCGGAGGAAGUGCGAAAGGAGGCGAAUCGUAGAGUUAAAGAAGGUCUAGUCGAUAAGAUGGUGUUUAAUGUGGCGCAAUUACAAGUUGAACAUCUUAUUAAUGAAACGACAUAUCCGAAUUUUCUGAGGUCCGACACAUACCUACAGUAUGUUCAAUCCUGCCAAAAUCCCGAUCCUGGCGGUUGUCCAAGUCCAGGAUCAAGUCGCGAAAUGUCUCUUUCUUGUGGGCCUAAUACGCUACCAACAUUAUUUGAAGACAGCGAAUUUAUCAGUUCGAUGCAUGUCCCUCAUACAACUAGUUCAACGUCCAUGGAAAUGACUAGAGAAGUGAAAUUAACCGAGGAGGUUCUCAUGCGAACGCAACAAGUCAGAGCAUUGGACUUUAAACGAAAACCCGAAGCUUUUGCUGGCAUUUAUUUACAACCUGGAGCUAAUCCCUACCAUGUAACCAGAAUGCACGCUCAAUAUUCCUCAUACAACCCAGUCUCCAGACAGGAUUCCGAACUGCAAAGUGUGAGCAGCGAUGCUCGCACUGAAUCUGACACAAUGUCACUUAAUGGCUCGUCCAUUGACGGAAUGUCGAUAGGUAAAUCGUUUGCGAGUAAAAAGCAGUACAGUCGACAACAUCGAGCAAUGAAGGAGAGUGCAUCGAAGAAUCGUGAUAAUUUGGAUUCAAUGAUACCGCGAACACAACGAAUGACACGUGACGUGAAUCAGCCGCAAGAUCCCGAAUCGUUUGCACAUCGUUUAAUACAAAAAUUGGAGAUUGUUAAACGACAACAGGAGAAUGGAGAGAGAUUGAGUCGUCAUUUACAGGAUCCUGAGAUGAUGUCAUUUGGUGAGGUGGACGUUGAAUCGAGUGGUGGUCCAUUGACAACGGGAAAUAUUGGCGAUAGUCGGGGAAUAUUUUUCACUGAUCAACUUAGACAAAAUCUAUUUAUUGACGAUGAUAAUGAUCAGGCUAUUCUCGAUCAGCAUGUGUCGCGUGUCUGGGCUGAUUCAACGCCCUCGAGAUCGCCGCACGGUUUGGCAUCGCCACCGCCACGCUUGCCAGAGAGACGACGUCCCCAACACGCCUAUUCACGUUCAAGUAAACAGCGACGGGACAAAGAUGUAUUCUCAACUUUCUCCAUUGACAGUGGUAACAUUCACGAUUUCCCCGAAGGAAGCGAUCUUAUCGGCGCUGGUUCCAUGAGUUCACUUGGCUCACAUUUGCCUAAAUCUAAAUCCGUACCAUCCGAUUAUGCAGAUUCCCUCCAUAAACACGAUUUCUACUUGCAAGGUCGUGAGCAAAGAAUGAAGAAGGCGGAAAUUGCGAGGCGAUCGACAACAAAAAAGUCGUUGACUGAAUUAACUGACAGUGGAGUCAGUGUCCUUAGUGAGGCAUCGUCUCUGCCACGAGAUAGGCGUCUUCUUUCCUGGUUGAAGGACUCGGACAAAGGCUCGGACGUCAAGUACGUUAGACAGCAACUCAAUCUUUAUGGUUCUCGUAGUGGAUCUUUGGAGAGAUCAAAUCAAGACAUGCUCGCUCCCGCUCAACCGUUUGUGGCCGAUCCUGGAAUGCCACCUCUUCCUCAACCGCACACUGAUACACAACUCGAGGAGGCAAAAAGAAGGUUACUUCCUUUAAUGGAAGAUGAUCGAGGACGAGGUAACAAUAGACAGAGAUAUCCUGGCAAUAAACAAGUUUACGAGCAAUCGGCGCAAAGUCCGUCGUGCUCAUAUUCAAAUCAAUCGACACUAAGAAAAACGAAACAAGAGGAAAAAGAUUUUACCACGGUUGUGUUCAAUUUCUGUGACGAACAAUAUCCAUACAGAACAAAAAUACCAGGACGAAAUAUAACUUUAAAGCAAUUUAAAGAAAUUCUCCAUAAGAAAGGCAGCUACAGGUAUUUCUUUAAAACGGAAUGCGAAGAUUUGGACGUGAAAGUGAUUCAGGAGGAGAUAACUGACGACGCUGAAAUUUUACCACUCUGGGAAGGAAAGAUAAUGGCCGAGGUAAAAUCUCUGGAAUAAUUUUUGUUUUUCAAAAGAAAAAAGAAAAAGAAGAAGAAAAGAAAAAGACAAGUAACAAACGUUACAAACAUUUUUUACUAGUUUAAAAAAAGAAAAACAAACGUGUGUUUCGAAAAGUACUUGAACCAUAUUUUUUACGAUUCAACGAAAAAUCAUUUUCUAUAUUUUACGGUAUGUAAAGUAAGCAAUAGAAAAACGAGGAAUCGAAAAAAAAUAAUAUCAGGGUAUCUAAUUUUCUUUUCCCUUUUUGUGAAUAGAAUUCAUUUUUUGUAUACAAUUUCUCUCAAUUCAAAAAAUAAUUGUAGAUUCUUAGAAUGCAAUUUACAAGUUCGAUCUGAAUAUAUCGGUUGAAGUGUAUAAACAAACAAACAAACAAAAAGAAGAGAUUUUUUUCUCUUUUCUUUAUAUUUUACAGAAAUUUUUUUAAUUGCAAGAUAAUUUUUUUACACAUGGGUAAAAUUUUUUAAAUGUCUACCCAAUUAUAAGAUAUACAUAAAAUAUAUAUACAUAUAUAUAUAUAUAUUUGUUAAUUUUUUCAAGGAAGCGAAGAAUUAUUCAAGACUUGACUGUGUAAAUAAAUGUAAUAGUAAUUUUCUUAAAGAAAAGAAAGAAAUCGAUGAGAGACUGAUGAGUGAAAAUUCGCUCAAAACAGUUUUAAAAGAAAAAUCAUUAAAAAUUUCUUCCUCUCGAAGACUUCCCAAUAGUUUUCCAAUCGUCUGUACAAAGCGCCUGAGUAGUUUACCGCCUUAAUAAGGUCUGCGUAGACCCUAGACUAGAAAUAAAAAAAAAAGAGUUUCUAUUGUUCAGAGACAGAACAAAAGUCGAAGUCAACAAAAAAAAAUCGGCUCUUGUCUAAAUCUGUGCAAUGGAACUUGAAAUUAUAGGGAAAAAAAAGUUAUUAUUACAAAUUAGUUUAUAAGAAUAAAGAUAUUAUGUAUAUUAUAUAAAUAUAUAUAUACAUCUGGUUUUUAUAUAUAAUAUAUAUGUGGUAUAUAUUAUAUAUAAGGCGAGAGAUAAUUAUUGAAAAUAAUAAAAAAAAAAAUUGUAACUUACGACUCAUCGUGCCGCCAAUCAUCGUUGACAUUGUAAAAUAUAAUCAUUACAUUAUACAUAAAAGAAACUCGUAUUUGAUACGAAAUAGACUGAAGAUACAUGAACAUGGGAUUUGCGUUAGAGAAAAAACAGAGACGAAUACCGCGGAGGAGGCAUUAGCAUUUAGAACGUAACAAUGCUUUAUCAGGUGCGGAAAAUUGUGCCUUUUUAGUGGAGUAAGGUUGAAUAUUAAGCCUAAAUGAAUCACAAUAUGUCAAAUUUUUUUUGACUUUGUACUCGAAAAAAAAAAAUUGAGGGUCCGUUACCGAGAGGCCAGCCGUGAUCGUACAUAAAUUAUUUUUUUUUCUUCCCCUGCUGUCAGUGUACAUUGUUUAUUAAAUACAUUUUUAAAAUAUGUAUCAAAAAAAGAAAACUUUAAAUUUCCAAAUAUUUUCCGACAAAAAAUUGAUUU